UGUCUAUCUUUAUUUCCAUCGCACUUUUCACAGUUUCACUUAAACUUCAGAACAAGGCAUAGAGUUGUAGAUGCCUCUAGCAACAAACAAAACUUGACAUUAUCCAUUUACAUUAACCCGCAUCUUCUGAUCCAAUGGAGGGAUCAGGAAGGUGCAUACAGUUCUGUGAAAAAGUUAUUGCCCCAAAAUGUUUCAGAUCAAACAAAUAUUAAUGUUGAACAAGGAUAAUAUAAAAAGCUGUUUUCAAGUGAUUUCAUUAAUGAAGGGUAGAAGGCAAAAGGCAACACAUCAGGUUUAGAUGUGUGGGAAUUCAAAGCAGAUUCUAAAAGUCUUUGACCAUCUAGAUCAAUUCUGGAGAGGUUCAUUGUGAGGUUUUCCCACAAACCAGCCAGAGAGUAUUGAGUAAAGUUCAAAAUAAAUUUUAAUUUAUUACAAAAAAUCCACAAAUAAUUUCAAAAUGAUAAAUCGGGCCCAAAACUGAGGUCAACAUAACAAACUACAACUCAGGUAGCAACACAAAGAACUCAAACAAAAAACUGACCUCCCUAACAAGACAUGAAGAAAACUUAAAUAGUGGGUGAUCAAACCACUACUAAACACAAAAGGGAUAAUUAAACACACACAAAAAACACAAACAAAUACAAAGGAACAUUACUAAAUCUUUAAAUUAAAUAAAGAUUAGAACUGAACUAACUUUCAAAAGAAAAAAACAUUAAAGAAAUAAUAAAACUAAACUAAAAAAACCAAAUUUCCCCCUCCCCUGGUGAGCAGAUGGAAUGGCCCACUGGGAAGUUGACCACCAGUGGGCAUCAGCUGGAAAUCAUCUGUAGCUCCAGGGCAAACUGGUAAACUCAAACAAAAGAAAUUUAGUGCAUUUAACAAAAAUUAUAAAGAACUGACAAAUAAAGUUAACUAAAUGGGUGCACUACACAUAGUUUACUAAAUUGGUCAAAUUAAUGAAGAUAAAUUUAAAAAUAAAAAUCUAAACUAUUCAAACAAAUAUAUAAAGUAAUAUUAAAGAAGAACAGAAAAUAAUUACUUUUAUUCUGUGACAGCAGGGACAGCUGUCACAUUCAUAAAGAUGGAUGCAUGGAUAUAUAAAUAAUUGCCUUGGGUUUAUUUCAAAUGUAAUGAACACAGUGAUGGAAAGAGAGAAAGGGGGGAAAAGUUUAAAGGGAAAGAAGAAGGUGGAGGGAGAGGAGAGAAGCAAGAAUAGAUAACAUGCAGAGAGUGAGGAAGAGAACCAUGGAAUCUCAGCAAUAACAUAUACCUAUAUAUUAACAACACCGUAUUAAUUAAUACAUAAUGUAUUUCCUGGAAACCACAGCUCAACAAAGUCUAUCUCUAAAUCCAGACAUGUGUAUGUGUAUGAGAGCGUGCUUGUGUAUAUAAGAAUGUUCAAUAAUGGGUGUGAAGAGCCACACACCUGGCCCUGCAGGACCCAAAGUCCCCUAGAACCUGGGGGAAGUCUCCCAGGAGCCACACCAGAGAGAGCCUUGGAGGAACCACCCAGCAACCAUGGCUGAGUGCUUGGUUUAUAUCUACACAAACCUGAUCGUCUUGUUAUUGACCAAGUAUGAGUUGAAAUAAUCACUUGCUACACCACGUGGCAACAAUUUAUUUUAGUUGUAAUAAGAUGAAGCAAACACGCAUGUCUUUCACUUUUUCAUAGUACCUCAUCUACUGGAUCCGCGCUCCCUGCCCCGGGCGCGGUCCCGACGCAGGGGGCAUGUAUUCUGUCGGGCGGAUUACGGGGAGAUACCUAUCUUGGUACGACACCGGCUUCAGCAUAAGCAAGGGGGAUUUCCGGUAUAUACUCUCGCGUGAAUACUCAAAUCUCGCGACUUCGGUUGUCCACAGAGCGACCCUCGUGUCCGAACCUGUGAGUGUAGAGCUUAGGAGCGCUAAAUUGCUUGUGCAAAAAUAAAUAAAUAAAUAAAUAAAUAAAUAAAUACAUUUCACAUGUGAUUAGGACACCUUCGGGGCGUAGGACACCCCGAAGGUGUCCUACGCGUGUUGCGUGCGUAGUUCGUUACUGGUGCAAAGGUAGUGCUCACCGCGAUAUUCAAAGGAGGAAUUUGCAUGUCUGCCAUCAUGGACCGUUUGGGAGAGCAAAGCAGCCGUAAAAGAAAAAUGAAAUUUGAAGCUUUGGCUUUGAAGGUGCUGGUGGAGGAGGCGUGUGCUCACAGUGCAGAACUGAAGCAGAAACAUCUUAGCGUUGCCAGAAGAAACGCUAUUUGGGAGGCCAUCUGUGAGAAGGUGAAUGCUGUGAGCCGAACCAGAAGAUCUCCCGAUGAAGUAAAAAGAAGAUGGCAGGAUUUUCGCAGGAGAACAAAAGAAAAACUUUCCCUCAAUAAAUCCACUUCUAGCAAAUCAGUCGGGGCCCCAGUAGAAGAGAUCCCCCUCACCAUGACAGAGCAGACGCUUUUGGAAACAUUUAGUGAUGAGCAGAUUGUUGGAAUCCAGGGAUGUGACUUGCUUGAGCAUAAAAUAGUAAACCAAGCUGGUGAAUCUUUAUCAGAUGGCCGGAAGUCCCCGCCUUCCUCCGAGGUGCCUACAUCAGAAAACUGCCCAGCAGAGCCCCGAAGGUGUCCUGACUGUGAUGACGUUGAUCUGGAGAGAAAGCAGGAACGAAAUCAGACGGACUCGCUACAGGCCAUUGCGCAGGAGAUAAGAGCCGUGGCCAAUGUUGCGCGCGCCUUCCGCCGUGACGCUCAGGCCAUCGUGGCGCACACGAGGCAGCUGGUCAGUGCCGUGACUGGGCUCACAGUGGCUGUAAAUGCCCUGGCAGGAGUUGGAGGCAGUGUUCCCAAACCUGCUCCGCCUGUGAAUGAAGUGGUAGGAGAGCGCACGAGCGGACACCGGGGCAACCUCCGAAAACGCAAAGCCCCAAAUAAGAACAUUGUUUUGAAGAAAAGAAAGUAAGGACAGUCAAUGCCACAAUAAUCAAUUUCUCAUCCAGAUGUUUUUUUUCUUCUUUUUAUUGGUUGUUCUAGGUGGCUGUUGAAUUAACAUUACGUUUAUUUCCAAUCAUAACACAAAAUUUUAUGUCGUGAUGGUGUUUUGUUUUUAUUCAUUGGCAUAAAUUAUUCAAAUAAACCUUAAAUGGCACAUGAGAAGGUUCUUUGGAUCACUUUGGCGGGUGUCUAUGAACCCGCUGCAUUCCACGCGUUCUACAUUUGGUACAGCAUGCUGUAUACAGAUUACUCCAGUCCGUGCAGCUUUUUCCUCAGUUUUAGUCUACAUGCGUGAGUCAACAGUAAGAGACUGGGUAAAGUUUCAAGAUAAAAACCACUGAUCAAAGGAUAAUCACAGCUCAAGGACUUUGCUGAAAGUUUGGUGUCGGCUGAUUAGACAAAAGUGGGACCCUUUGGAAGGCUUGUGUCCUUAUACAUUUGUGUAAUACAGUGUUUCAGAAAGAAAUAUAAUGGUAAGAUGUGUGUGUGUGUGUGUAUGGGGGGUUGGGGGGGAGUGCAAUUCUGCUUUGCUGCUUCAGAAUCUCACCAAUUUAUGGCAGUAAUGGCACCAUAAAUUGCAACUACUGCAUUUUUAUGGUGCAGUAAAUGGAACCAUAAAUUGACAAAAUGAAUAUUUUGUAGUGGCCUAAUCAAAAUCUGGACUCAUAUUUAUUUUCAGAUGCUUAAACAGGCCAUCCAUACUCAAAUGGUUCAUUUUAUCUGAAUUAAAACAAUUCUGCAAGGAGUGGACUAAAACUUCUUUACAGUGAUGUGAAAAAAUCCAUUAUGAGUUAUCGCAACUAGUAAUAGUUAUUGCUGCCAAUUAUGACAACUAUUUAUUAGCUAUAGGGACCAAUUACUUUUUCACAUAUGGUCAGGUUUGACUGCAUGACUGUCUUCCUUAUAAAUGAAAUAAGCAUUACAUUUUGUGUUUUCUAGGGUUAUCUUUGUCUGAUAUUAAAAUGUUAUUGGAAAUAUAUAUUUGACUGGAAAUAUGCCAAGCAAAUACAAAUCUGUUAUAAAAAGACAACCCAACCACUCCAGAGCAGACUAGUACAAUUUAAAACUUUAAUAACCAUCUGAAGAACUUAAGAAUCAUCUGAAGUGUUUUAUGCUCUUUCAACAAGCAUAAGACACAUGAGGCUAAUGUAGUGACCUUAAAACCUUAUCUUAAUAAGUAAAUCCAAGACACACUAUUAAGUUAAUAUUUACCCAACUAGCUUAUAAGAAUUAUUUCUU